AUGAAUGGGGGGGAAGGAAACAGUUUGAUAGAUGAUGCUAAGGUCCGUUUAAGAAAGCAUGAUGUUGACCAUCACUUGUCAUCUGACAAAUACUCCAUCCUCUUACCGUUGCUGGCAAAAGAAGGAAAACUCCAUCUGUUGUUCACCCUCCGGUCAGAGAAGCUAAGAAGGUUGUCUGGGGAAGUCUGCUUCCCUGGAGGCAAGCGUGAACCUACAGAUGCGGAUGACAUGGCCACAGCUCUCCAGGAAGCCCAGGAGGAAGUGGGGCUGCGUCCUCAUCAAGUGGAGACAGGUUCGCUGAUAACCCCAGUAGUAGGAUUUAUAGACCACAACUUCCAGGCCCAGCCUAAUCCCGAUGAAGUUACGAAUGUGUUCCUGGUGCCCGUGGAAUAUUUCCUGCAUCCACACGUCUAUCACCAGAACCGCCUGACACAUUCCAGUCAGCAAUUUCUGGUUCACUGCUUUGAGUACACAACCCCUGAGGAUGGUGUCACUUACCACAUCAGGGGAAUAACUGCAAAAUAUGCCGUGUUCAUUGCCUUAAUCAUUUUGGGGAAAAAACCCAUCUUUGAGGUUGAAUUUAAUCUCGAUGAUCUGAUGUCAUCCUCUGAAGAGUCCUUCCUGAGGCUUCAUAAACAAGCUCCAAACAAGUUAUGAUCUAUGCGACUAACACCCAGAUAGCCAAGAGAUUUUUGUGUGUGCUUAUCCACAGAAUGACAGUAUAUAAUGCCAGCUGUUGGAGUUUGACAGGUGUGAAUAUUCUUCCUGCAAUCUGAAGGUAGAAACAUUGCCUUUCUUCCAGUUGCCCUCUGUUUGAAAGGGCAAAAGUUUUUCAGAAGUGGAAAAAUAUGUUUUUAGUGUUGCAUAAUUUCACCCACAGAUGUUAACAAUUAUUUUUCUUACGUGUGCAAGAAAAAGUAUCUGGAAUAUAGUAGGCACUUAAUAAAUAUUUGUUGGCAGUAU